AUGUACUCCACUUUGAGUCCCUAUAUAUCACCUUUAAAAGUGAGACACACAUCGGUAUGGCGGAGAAACAAAUACAUAUCCUCCUUGUGCACGUCGCAUAACUCUCGCUAUCUUUCGGUAUCAUACCCGGGCAAUAGGAAUUGCAUCAGAAAGAUAUUAUACGCGUUUGACCCCGUCGAAAACCAAUCCGCUGCUUCUGCACGAUCCUGCUUCUCCUUUCUCAACCCUCAAGCUGUCGCGAACUCGCCCGAACUGCGACAUGCAAAUUGCAUUGUUCCGUCUAGUCUGAAAAUACCAUGGGUUACAUCAUUCCCUGCCUCGCUGCAGUCCAAGUACUGGACGGAAGCGGAAGAGGCUGCGAGAGAUUUGCUACGAGCGAUCUUUAUCACGCCGUCACGGAAUGUCUCCGAGAAGUACAUCGAAGCCGUGAUCGACGCGGCUGUUUCAUUCACUGUGAAUGUUGUCCCAACAGGAAGCGUAUCGAGAACGAGAGCUCUGGCGAGGGCUUAUACGCUCGUCUUCAUACAUGAUGAUGCUGUUGAGUCGGGAAAUUUCGAUGCAACCAUUCCGAAUAUGUAUAACAAUAAUGAGCGACAUUCUCACACCGCAUUUGAUAUGGUAGCCCAGGAAGUCAUGUCUGAGGACACUGCGCAAGGCAGGAGAUUUCUGGACGGUAUGAUAUCAUGGGGAUCCCUGCCACAGGCGAUACAACCCAGCAAAGCCUUCCCGACACUCAUGAACUACGUGAAGUACCGGAUAGAAGAUGUGGGGGCUGACCUCGUCUUUCGCAGCGUGGAAUUUGCAUCGGAUAUCUGUGUUACAGAUCGCGACGAACAAGCUCUUGAACGCCUGAGUUCCCUCUGCGCGAAACAUUGUGCAUUAUCCAACGAUCUAUACUCGUAUCCUAAGGAAGUCAUCGCCGAAAAGGAGAACGGAGAAACUCUUCUUAACGCUGUCAAGGUCGUCCAGGAUUUGAUGAAUGUUUCCUCUUCGUCGGCCAAGUCGAUUCUUCGCGGUAUUAUAUUGGAUACCGAGCGGCAGAUAGGCGAGGAAUAUGAGUCUCUUGUCAACUCGAAGAGUACGACAACAUCGCAACUGGUCUACGCUCGGGGAUUGAUCAUCGCUGUAGCAGGGAACAUGUUCUUCUCGGCUACGAGCUAUCGUUAUGCUAAAGCUGUCGAUGGAUCCAGGCUGGUGUAA